UCCGCAAGAGAUACUUUGUUACAACAUCCGCUCUUCCGCUGCUUCCUCUCUACAGCUAGUACAAUUAAACAGCGUUUUAUUAUGAAGUUAAUAAUACCUUCUUACAAAUCUGCUAAAUUAUGAACAUUUGGCCUUAAACGUGAAGAUCAUGGCGAAGAUCGGUGACAUCAUUCAUCUUAACGUCGGGGGCAAAAGGUUCAGUACAUCCAGACAGACUCUGACAUGGGUUCCUGACUCGUUUUUCUCCAGUUUAUUAAGUGGACGGAUAUCAACUCUUAAAGAUGAGACUGGAGCGAUCUUCAUUGACAGAGAUCCGACUCUGUUUGCUCCUAUUCUCAACUUUCUGCGCACUAAAGAGCUUCACCCCAGGUCAAUAGAAGUGCACUUAUUAAUGCACGAGGCCGAGUUCUACGGGAUCACGCCGCUGGUGAGAAAGCUGCAGCUGUGUGAUGAGUUGGAUCGCUCCUCCUGCGGGAACGUGUUGUUCAACGGCUAUCUGCCUCCAGCAGUGUAUCCGGUGAAGCGCAGGAACAGACACAGUGUGGCAGGACCCCAGUUCAUGGGGGGCCGUGCGGGGCCCGUGGAAAGGGCCCCUGUGAGGAGGAGUAACACAAUGCCUCCGAACCUGGGCAACGCCGGCAUACUGAGCAAAGCUGCUCUGGAGGAGAAAGUGACGGGGCCGGUCUCUGACCCAGGUAUGGUCAGAAUCGUGUGUGGUCAUCAUAACUGGAUUGCUGUGGCAUAUGCUCAGUUUGUGGUGUGUUACAGGGUUAAAGAGUCGACUGGGUGGCAGCAGGUGUUCACCAGUCCUCGGCUGGACUGGGUGAUUGACCGAGUGGCUCUUAAUGCCAAAGUCAUGGGCGGAUCCCUGGGGGACAAUGAUAAGAUGGUUGCUGUUGCAUCAGGAACAGAAAUCAUUCUGUGGGCGAUCUGUCCUGAUGGAAACGGCAGUGAAAUUGGUGUGUUCAGUCUGAAUGUGCCGGUGGAGGCUCUGUUCUUCGUGGGAAAUCAGCUCAUCGCCACCAGCCACACGGGGAAAGUGGGAGUGUGGAACGCCGUCACCAAACACUGGCAGAACCAGGAUGUGGUUCCCAUCAACAGCUAUGACACAGCCGGAUCCUUCCUUAUUUUGGGAUGUAAUAAUGGAUCUAUUUACUACAUAGACGUCCAGAAGUUUCCUCUGAGGAUGAAGGAUAACGAUCUGCUGGUGACCGAGCUGUAUCGAGAUCCCACCGAAGACGCCAUUACUGCUCUGAGUGUCUACCUGACGCCCAAAACAAGUGACAGUGGGAACUGGAUCGAGAUCGCGUAUGGCACUAGUUCAGGCACGGUGCGUGUGAUCGUGCAGCAUCCGGAGACGGUGGGAUCCGGUCCACAGCUCUUCCAGACCUUCUCCGUCCACCGCAGCCCUGUCACCAAGAUCAUGCUGUCUGAGAAACACCUCAUCUCUGUGUGUGCAGACAACAAUCACGUGCGCACGUGGACGGUGACACGCUUCCGAGGCAUGAUCUCCACUCAGCCUGGCUCCACCCCCCUCACGUCCUUCAAGAUCCUCUCACUGGACGAUAUCGACGGCCACGGAGGCUGCUCUGCUGGCACUGAGAUCGGUCCGUAUGGAGAGCGUGACGAGCAGCAGGUGUUCAUCCAGAGAGUGGUCCCCGACACGGAUAAACUCUACGUGAGGCUCUCCUCCAACGGGAAGAGGGUGUGUGAGGUGCGUUCGGUCGAUGGGACGUCCAUCACAGCGUUCGUGGUGCACGAGUGUGAGGGAUCCAGCCGCAUCGGCUCCAGGCCGCGCCGGUACCUCUUCAGUGGACACAGUAACGGCAGCAUCCAGACCUGGGACCUCACCACAGCCAUGGAGAUCGCAGGGAAGGUGGACAUCAAAGCUCUCGGUGGUCCCACUGAAGAGGAGCUGCUGGAGCUUCUGGACCAGUGUGAUCUGGCUCUGACCCGAACACCAGACAUGAGUCCCGCCGCGUCUCUCACACACUCCUCACGCAACUCCAUGUGCAGUCUUCAGUCUCAGUUCAGUGAAAGCGCUCGAGCUGCCGGGGGUUUUCGGGGUCCGGUGUCUCUGACCGGUAGCUUGCCCCGUCAGGCCCCGCUGGUCCCCCUCAGUAAACCCCAGCUGGGCCUCAGCCAGGCGUCUCUGGUCAGCGGCAGCAGCCGAGAGAAGGACCUGGCAUCCAUCCGCAGAGGCAGCUUCGUGGAGCGCUGUCAGGAGAGAGCCAAGAGCUCGGACACGGCCGGCCUGGACGCGGGGAGGCGGAGUCUAGCGGUGUGCAGUGAGCUCGAAGCGAGGCUCGGUCUCAGAAUGCAACCGGCCUUCUCUGCCCUGACACCUUCAUCAUCACCUUCAUCAUCAUCAGCAACAUCAUCCAUGAGAAGACCAGCACCGAGUCCUGCUCCUUCACCGCUCAGUCCAGCCAGAUCACAAACACCCGUGUCUCCAAGACGACCUCUGACCUCUCCGACCAGUGAGAGCCCGUCCAAUCAGAAUGUUCCUGAGCAAGAAAGCCCCGCCUCUUCCUCAUCGACCAGCCCCAAACCUCACAUGAAUGAAACCAGCUUCUGAGAGGACAUUUUUCAGAUUGUAUUUAUUGAAUUUGAUUUAUAUAUAAUAUUAAUCACCAAAACCGAACAAUUCAAAAUCCUGGAUUAGGAUCAAAUAUUAUAACAUUUAACAAGUAUAUUACUUUUAGAGCAGUAUUCUCAAUAUCACAGGGUGCCUUAUGAUAUAGAUUGUGGAGUUAUGAUGAGAAUAUGGUAUUUUGCAUGUGAAUGAGGAAAAAAAGUCACAUUCCAUGGAGAAAAGAAAAACAAAACAUGGAUGACAUUUCAUUUCUGCAUUAGUUUUUUCUGCUGACACUUUUUAGUCGUUAAAGUGAAGGCAGAUUUCUUUAAUCGUAAUAUAGCAAAAGUGGAAUUUAAAGUUUUUAUUUAAAUGUUAACAUCCUUACCAAACUUAAUAUGCAAAGACUAAAAGUCACUGGAAAAGUAAAAAAACUGUCUUCAUUUCUUUGACUCUACCAAUCGAGUGAGAUUGGUGGGCGGGGCUUUGUGUAUAUCCAGCCAAUGGCAGAUUAGGGGCGUGUCUAAGCAGCCUGCAUAAAACAGUCAUUAUUUGAUCAGUUGUGUUUCGUGAUGAUAGUGAUGCUGCAGAAGUUACACGACGUCAUCAUCUUCAGGAUUUGUUGCAUGAGCAGGACGGGCUCAUGUGUAUAUUACAGUAUAAUAGUAGCAAAUGUGCACAACAAUUGAAUUUAAAUCUACACUUAAAAUUAACUUAAUAUUAAAUAUUUAGAAACAGAAAAUGUGCAUUAUAAAUUGACAAGACCAUUAGUUAAAUGUAAAUUAAAUAAAUGUAAAUUAUCAAGCCUGUCUGAUAUCGCUGAUAUCAGUUUACAGACAGUUCUUCUAGGGAAAUAAAAUAACAUUGUAUAUGUUAAUAACUAACAAAAACAUGUGUAAUGCAGAGUAAAGCAGAGCGAGAGAUGAAAAUAACAUUAAUAAUGUAUUACGGUCAACACACUGUAUAUAUAAUGAGCAAACAUUCAACACCGUUUCCCCAAACACACACACACACACACACACACACACGUUACAAUCUGAAGUGUUCACUGUAUUCACAUCAUCUCCUUUUUGUGUUAAACUAUAACCUAAUGUUUUACACCGUUUAUGACGAAGCUUGACGAUUAUGUAUCUCUGCCAGAUAUUGUUAUGGUGUAUUGUAUGUUACAUUAACAAUAUCAUCCCUGGAUGAAUCUGAAACUGUUUUGCUGAUGAUUAUAAAGAGGUUGUGAUCGCAAAGAAAUGUUUUGUUUAACAUGGACCUUUUGAUAAGUUAUAAUUACUUAUUAUUAUUAUUUUACUGUAUUCCUCCUGUACACUGAAUAAAACUUUAUGAAGUUA